AUGAGCCGAGCAUUGUUCAGACACGUCGCCACCGAUGCCGCCAGGCUUAUCCGGCGUAACGCGGCGGCGGAAGAACCGUUUGGGAAGACCGGUGUUGCUCAUUCCGAUGUAAGGCGUUUGCAAUCGAAGUCUUAUUUCCGGUCGCAUCAGCUUCUCGGGAGAGCAAAAGAAACAAAACUCUCACCUCCUCCUCGUCCUUCUUCUUCUUCGGGGUUCUGUUCAUCGUCUUCUUCCUCACCUGCGUCGGAGGGUUUCGUCGGAUGGUAUCUUGGUAUGGUGAAAUCACGCCCACUUCUCACAAAAGGUGUUACUUCCUCGCUUAUUUACAUUGCCGCCGAUCUGUCUUCUCAGACGAUUGCCAAAAAUUCUUCCGAGUCUUAUGAUUUGGUGAGAACAGCAAGAAUGGCAGGAUAUGGUCUAAUUGUGUUAGGUCCAACACUUCACUAUUGGUUCAAUUUCAUGUCAAGGCUCUUACCAAAACAAGAUUUGAUCACAACGUUUAAGAAAAUGGCCAUGGGACAGAUAAUCUACGGACCUAUCAUGAUGGUGAUUUUCUUCUCAUUGAAUGCAUUCCUUCAAGGUGAAGGCAUGUCGGAUAUAGUUGCAAGACUGAAACGGGACUUUCUUCCUGCGAUGCUAAACUGUGUCAUGUAUUGGCCUGUCUGUGAUUUCAUAACAUUCAAGUUCUUUCCCGUUCAUUUACAGCCUCUUGUAAGCAACUCGUUUUCGUAUCUGUGGACAAUCUACAUGACUUACAUGGGAAACCGUAAGAAACCAGACGCCAUUUCGAGCUGA